AGCCUUUCAAAGACGAUCAAGGCCGACGAGCGGCGUGGGAAGCGGCGCGCUUGCCCCGAUGGCGGUCUUGCCGCUGGCCGCGCUGGCAGCGCCCGCCACGCCGCAGCAGCCCACGGUGCAGCUGCCCUGCGUGCUGCGGGGCAGGGCUCCGCUGGAGGAUACCGACGGCCUGCCCUACCAGUCGCGCGACAGCAGGGCGAGACACCUCGAG